CUGCAGCUCGACCAGCAGUAUUAAGCCGCCCUCUCAAUCGUGAAGAAUGAAUCAUGGGACGGCGUUACUGUGGAAACGACGUUGAAAACGACACAAGAGCGAGCAACAGUUAGCAUGAUGAUGCUCCAGCAUGGAUCCACACAGCUCCUCUGCCUCACAGCCAGCAGUGGGGUUCCUCUCUUCACAAGAGGAGCCUCCAAGCAGCUGCCCUUCUCUGUCAUCGGCUCCCUGAAUGGUGUCCACAUGUUUGGGGCUGGCCACGGAGUAGUGUUGUCCAGCUGUGAGACUGAAGGCGGGGGUAAAGUAGUAUGGAGAGUUUUCCAGGACAGUAUGAUGCUCAUUGUCGUGAGUGGAGGUGGACAAGAUGGUGCAGGUGACAGCAAAGAGGACGAGGUGCGUUUACAGCGGCUCCUGGAGAAUGUAUGGAGCUGCAUGGUGCUGGUGUUGGGGCAGGAUGAACUGACUAAUGUCAGAAAUGUUGAGAGACUGAAGAGGGACUUGCGGUCCUGUUUCAGCCUCAUUGAUCAACUGUUGGAGGACAGGCAAGAGGGCAUCCUGGGUAACCUGACACACUGUGCGGAUUCACUGCUGCCUCCAAACCCCACUCUUCUUCAAGAGGCCCUGGAUGGCUUCACUCAGGCUGCAGACAGUGAAUUUGGCUGCCUCAUCGUCCAUGGGCGGAUAGCUGCAGCAACUGAGAAAUGGUGGCGUCUGGCUCCACCGGAGGUUGUGCUGCUCUCGGCUUUGAUACGGUCCCUCUCUGCCUCUGGAUCAGCCUCUUGUGAUUACCCAGUUUUCCUUCCUCAAGGCAGCCCCACUGUUGCCCACCGUCUGCUUCGCUUCCAGCUGCUACCUGGGGCAGAUGUGUGCGUGCUGUGCGGCCCAACGCCUUCCCUGCACAGCGCUGAGAGUGGGAUGGUGGGUCGUUUCUGGACACCUCUUGUGGAGACCCUGAGAGACUGCUUGGCUGUUGGAGAACACAGUUUACCAAGAUCUGUAUCCUUGCGCCCUGAUGUGCUGGCACUACUUCUGAUUAACCGUGAAACACGUCGCUCAGUCUCCUGUGUGCGGACUUCCACUAAUCGUCCACUGGGUGACCCUCCUUUACCCUCCAAGGCCCGCUGCUGGGAGAUACUGAAGCUCUUCUACAUCUUCAGCACCACACGUUACUUCAACCAGGAGGAGACUUUGUGUGUGUCCCCUGAGGAGAGGGCUCAGAGGGCCAACACUGAUGACUUUGUCCUUGGAUUCUCCCACCAGCCACUGCAGUGCUAUCUAGUUACAGAAGAGUGCAAAAGCUAUGGCCUUCAGACUCCGCAGCACCAGCUCUUUCUGCUCGCCCCACUGUCAGUGCCCACCUUUGCAUUGCGUACAGUGGCCACACAGACUCUCUCUGAUAUUGUUGGUGCCACUGGAUUUUAAUAGAAUUAUUGAAAUUGUUAGCACAUCUUGAUUGUCCAUGUGACUAAAAUAAUACUUAAAUGUGAACCAGCUGCUGCUAUUUAGAUUUUCUUAUUUAACCCUAUUGAUUGCUGCCAAAAUGUGCCUCCAUCUGUCCAUAUUUUGUAAAGACUAUCAUAAGCACACUACUGGUUAAAGAUAAACAGUAGAAAAGGUUAUCACUGGUUAUUUUCAUUUAACUACUCGGGUAUUUAAAGCUGGCAUUAUUCGAAAACAAUGGAAAUUGUCCAACCAAAGUUAACUGCUUUGUUCUACAUCCAGGAAAUAAGUCACUGUUGCACAUUGUGUCUAACUUCACUGACUGAAAGGCCCUUUUCAGAAUUACUUGUUAGAUUUAUUGAAUACCAACAUUUUCAGUAACAUUUGACUGUAUUUGAGCAUCAUGGUUAAAUGUUACUAAUGCUUUGUAGACAUUCUGAAUCAUUCUGGCUCAACAAUGUUGUAGUUUGAAUAUGUUUGUUAUAUACAGUGGGUCUUGAAUGAUCUAUUCACAAUGUUCCUUUUACUAAUGUGAUAAUGAAAAUGUUUGGCUUGUAUUUGAUGAUUUCUUCACAACAAAAUUGUCGGACUGUAGAAUUCGAAAUAAACUACUUGACAAAAAAAACAA